AGAAUCUCCAUCUUCCCCGGCUGACAGAUGAUAACCUCUCUUUUUUUUGUCUUUUUUAAAUUCUCAUCACGCCCGUUUGGCUUUCCGAGAAUCCCUCCUUUAUAAACAGAAAAACCCUAGAAAUUUUGAUCAAAGCAUCAUCAACAGUCUCACACAUUUCACAUUUUCAGUUGCGAAUUCCUGGUUUAAUUCCCCCUUGAAUUCCGGCUCCUAUGUUUGACUAUGUAAUUGCCUGAUCCAAUCCAAUCAUUCUCCAGUGUCUGUGUAAUUUACUAAUAAAUUCACCCAUUCCACUCAUUUUAAUCCUACCCAUUUCCUCUUUCUUGUUAUCUGAUGUCUAUAUGUAUCUAUAGCCAUACUGCUGCCAAAUUAUCUUAUUAGCAGCUUAAUAAUGUUUCAAGGGCCGGCCCUUGAUAAUUUUAUUGGAUCCCAAGCGGCUGUUGUCUGUAAUAAAAGGAUUUUUUUUUGACAGUGUCGUUGUACAUAGAAUUUAUUAAAUAAUUUGGUUGGAGUGAGGAUUAAACCCUUUAUAUCGUUAAAGAUUACUUCUUUCUGAGAUGAGAUGAAGAAAUCUGGGUUGUGAUGGAGAGCAGUGGAGAAGCUGGGGAUGAUCAGGGCUCUGGAUGGUUGCAAGUUAAAAAGAAACAUAGAAGCAGUACAAAGUUCACUCUACAAGGUUGGGUAGGGGGAUUCUCUGGAAAACAGACUUCAUCAACUGUAAAAGGUGGAAAUUCACAUGCAAAGUAUGGUGUGCAGCAUUCAAAAGCAGGAGAUUUUUCUGUAAAUAGAAAGGGCAGUGUUGCAAAUGCUACUCCUGUUUCACAUGACAAAGAGAAGCAUGUGCAUUACCUUGAUAAACGUGUCGUUUCUCAAGAUAAUGAUCGUAGGUCACCUACAGUGAGAGCUACUACAAAUUGUGAUAAUAAACCUGGAGUUGUAGAAGAACCUCCUCAAAAGGAUAACGAUAAUUUUCAAAAAAUCAAGUGGGGUGAUUUGGACGACGAGGCUUUGGAACUGCAUUUGAGAAAGAGUAUUGGAGAUGAAAUUAGGUUUGGAGAUAUUAGAAAUGAUGAUUUGAUCAGCUCUUCUUCUGCCGAGGGCAAAGUGAACAACUUGAUGGUAUCAUCUGUAGAAGCGGAUCAUAGUACUCACCAGUCACUCUCGUUGGUUUCAAGUGAUGAAGAGAAAUUUAAAGAGGUGAAUGAAGUUACUUCAGAAGACGUGAAAGUAGAAAUUACAAAUGAAAAAAUAAUUAACUCAAGUUCUCACAUUUCAAACGUGGGGGAAACAUGCUAUGAACAAGUCAACUUAGUUAGUAAUGAAGUUGAUGAGGUGAUGGUGGAACUUCCGGCACCUGAAUCAGAAAUCUCUGAAGUUCCAGUGAUAGAAAGGGUUUCAUACACAGUAGCAAUCCCCCAACCAAUUGACUCAUUUACCCCUGAAAAGAGGGGGCCUGAAAAACAAGGAGAAUCGAUGGCAGCAGCCUUCAUUGAUGACACUAGCCAUCUACAGGUUGAUAGAAUUGUUGAUGAUGUGUCAAAUGCCCGGAUUUCAAGUGAGACUGAUGGGAGUGAUGUGGGUGAAAGUAAGGAAAGAUUUAGACAGAGGCUUUGGUGUUUUCUGUUUGAGAAUCUUAAUAGGGCGGUAGAUGAACUUUAUCUGCUUUGUGAACUAGAAUGUGAUGUGGAGCAGAUGAAAGAGGCGAUUCUUGUCCUUGAAGAAGCUGCGUCUGAUUUCAAAGAACUACAAUCUAGAGUGGAGGAAUUUGAGGAUGUGAGAAGGUCCACUUCCCAAUCAAUUGAUGGGCUUCCUAUCAUGAAGUCUGAUCACCGCCGGCCACAUGCACUUUCAUGGGAGGUUCGGCGAAUGACAACUUCACCUCACAGGGCAGAAAUACUGUCUUCAUCUCUCGAGGCUUUUAGGAAAAUCCAACAAGAAAGAGCUAGCAUGCGUGCAGCUAGUGGUGCUGAAAAGCUGGGGCUUGAUUGUCCUGGUUCCCCUCAUAUAGCUGAUGAUAAUCCGAAGAAAUAUGCAGGGAGAAGUGAUGAAACCCCAAAUUCUAAAGAAACAGUCCCGAAGACAAGGAAGCAGAGUGGAGUUUCUGAUCCUAUACGGGGAAGUAUUAGUGGAGAGAGGAGGAAUUCAGACCCAAACAGGCCUUCCAGAAAACUCUCUUCUCAGAAUAGCCAUCUUAUGCUACAGAACCCAUCUAUCUCUGGUUCUAAUGCAUCUGGAAAGAGCAAAAGGGAGCAACAGAUUGGAUCUACUUCUGACACAGAGAAGCUGCUUCCUAGGAAAGACAAAAUGUCGGCAGAAAGUACGGUUGAGAAAAGUCAAAAAUCUGUUGAUCAAACUAAGAAACAAACUCUUCUUUCUGAAAGGGAUAAGGAGAGGAGAAAUGGAUCUUCAUGGAAAUCAAUGGAUGCUUGGAAGGAGAAAAGGAAUUGGGAGGAUAUACUUUCUUCUCGUUAUUCAUAUUCACCGGGGGUGAGUCGCAGAAGUGCUGACCGUGCACGUACUUUGCAUGACAAACUAAUGUCUCCUGAGAAGAAAAAGAAGAAUGCUUUAGAUUUAAAAAAGGAUGCAGAAGAAAAGCACGCUCGAGCUAUGAGGAUUAGAAGUGAGUUAGAGAAUGAAAGAGUUCAAAAGCUUCAGCGUAACUCAGAGAAAUUAAACCGCGUCAAUGAAUGGCAAGCUGUUCGCAGUAUAAAGUUGAGAGAGGGAAUGUACGCCCGCCACCAACGUAGUGAAUAUAGGCACGAAGCUUUUCUAGCCCAGGUGGCCAGAAGGGCUGGUGAUGAAAGCAGUAAGGUUAAUGAAGUUCGUUUUAUCACUUCACUAAAUGAAGAGAACAAGAAACUCAUUUUACGCCAGAAACUUCAUGAUUCUGAAUUGAGGAGAGCUGAGAAACUUCAAGUGAUCAAAACUAAACAGAAGGAGGAUAUGGCGAGAGAAGAAGCCGUUUUGGAGCGAAAGAAGGUUAUUGAAGCUGAAAAAUUGCAGCGGCUUGCCGAGACACAGCGAAAAAAGGAAGAGGCUCAAGUGAGAAGGGAAGAAGAAAGAAAGGCAUCAAGUGUGGCACGAGAGGCAAAGGCUAUAGAACAGAUGAGGAAAAAGGAGGUUAGAGCUAAAGCCCAACAAGAGGAAGCGGAACUUCUAGCCCAAAAAUUAGCUGAAAGACUUAGUGAAAGUGAACAGCGACGCAAGUUUUACUUAGAACAAAUACGGGAGAGAGCUUCAAUGGAUAUCAGGGAUCAAUCUUCACCUUUACUAAGACGUUCAUUGAACAAGGAGGGUUUGGGCAGAUCUACACCAACUAGCAGUGGUGGUGUCAGUGAAGAGUGUCACGCUAAUAAUGUCACAGAUUCAGGAGGUUCUACUCUUCAGACUGCCAAUGGAACAUUGCAACAGUCAUUAAAACGAAGGAUCAAGAGAAUUCGCCAGAGACUUAUGGCAUUGAAAUAUGAAUUUCCCGAGCCUCCGGUUGGUGUUGAAAAUGCUGGCAUUGCAUAUAGAACAGCAGUGGGAGCUGCUAAGGCAAAAAUUGGAAGGUGGCUUCAGGAACUUCAGAGACUUCGGCAAGCAAGGAAAGAGGGGGCUCCAAGUAUUGGACUAAUAACUGCGGAUAUGGUUAAGUUUUUGGACGGAAAAGACCCUGAGCUGCAGGCUGCUCGCCAAGUGGGCCUGCUUGAUUUUAUUGCUUCUGCCCUACCAGCUUCUCACACAUCCAAACCUGAAGCCUACCAAGUUACAAUAUAUCUUUUAAGACUUCUAAGGGUAGUACUAUCAGUUCCUGCAAACAGGAGUUAUUUUGUUGCACAAAAUCUUUUGCCACCAAUUAUCCCCAUGUUGGCAGCGGCUCUUGAGAACUAUAUCAAGAUUGCAGCAUCAUCAAAUGUUAAUGGUAGCUCCAACUUGGUAUUGAGCAAAUCAUCGAUUGAAAAUUUGGAGUCUAUGUCCGAAGCACUGGAUGGGUUUUUAUGGACUGUUGCUACAAUUAUUGGUCAUGGUAGCUCUGAUGAAUGCCAGCUUCAAAUGCAGGAUGGUUUACAGGAGCUUGUGAUUGCAUAUCAAGUUAUUCAUCGGUUGCGUGAUCUUUUUGCGCUUUAUGACCGGCCACAAGUGGAAGGUUCACCAUUUCCUUCUUCUAUUCUCUUGGGUAUAAAUCUGUUGGCAGUUUUAACAUCCAGAUCCCAAACAACAUCUUCCAUUGAUUAUGAAUCUUUUCCGAUACAAGCAAUAGCAGAAAAUGAAACUUCAAAUGCGAAGCUUGCAGAGGCUGCAGAUUUUGGGUAUUCCUCUGUAACUAACCCCAGUGGAGAUAAUAGGCCUCAACCAUCUGCUCUCCAUGGUAGCAUAGUCUUACCUUUGCCAGAUUUACCAGAAGAUAGACCAUUAGAUGAACCAUUUACUAUAAAAAUAAGCAAAGAAUUAGUGUUGGAUGGAAAACACUCCGGUAAGCUUGAGGGUGUUAGCAGUGAUAAGAAUUGUUCAGACACUCGAGAUGAGUCUCAGCAAGUUUUGAUAGAUAAUACUUCAAACUCUUCUGCCUCUAAGAAGGACGAAAAGAACAUUCUGGAUGAUGGUGCUGGAAAGAAGGUUGAAUAUAAUUUGGGCUUUAAACCACCUGUAGCAUUUCUUCUUUCUGUCAUAUCUGAAACCGGCUUGGUGUGUCUUCCUUCCUUGUUGACAGCUGUGCUAUUGCAAGCAAACAACAGAUUGUCUUCUGAACAGGCCUCCCAUGUUCUUCCUUCUAAUUUUGAAGAAGUGGCGACUGGAGUGCUGAAGGUUUUGAACAAUUUGGCUCUGAUAGACAUCACUUUCAUGCAAAGGAUGCUAGCCAGGCCAGACCUGAAAAUGGAAUUCUUCCACUUAAUGAGUUUUCUUCUUUCUCAUUGCACAAACAAGUGGAGACUAGCUACUGAUCAGGUCGGUUUGCUUCUGCUGGAAUCUUUAUUACUGCUUGGUUAUUUUGCCCUGUUCCACCUUGGAAAUCAAUCUGUCCUUAGGUGGGGAAAGAGCCCUACCAUCCUUCACAAGGUAUGCGAUCUGCCGUUUGUGUUCUUCAGUGAUCCGGAGUUAAUGCCAAUCUUGGCCGGUACACUGGUUGCUGCCUGCUUCAGUUGUGAGCAAAACAAGGGCGUGGUUCAGCAAGAACUCAGCACUGAUAUGCUAAUUUCCUUGCUAAGAUCCUGCCGAAAUGGUUCGCCCAAUAAUCCUCCAACAGAAAGCCCCACCGAAUGUAAUCAGUUGGGUUCUGAAUCUAGAAAACUUCUAGUUCAAGGUGAAAUGCCCCUUAGAUCCAGCCGUUACAAUGUAAAAAGCACCCUAAUUUCUUCCGGAAAAGGCGGCAGUGCUUCAGGGAUCAGCUUUCGAACUACCAAGAUGCGAAACCAGAAAGAUAGCAGAGCCUUGAAACUUAGCGAAGAGAUGUCUGUGAAGAAAAGUCAGUCACCUUCAGAGACUUCCUCUACUUCGAUGUUGCACUCCAGAUUCUCUGGAAGCUUCAUUGACAGAGCAGAGCAGUUUUUUGUAGCAGAGACCACUGAGUGAUGAGGUAUGAUCGUCAAUAUACUCUUAAGUGUAUGUCGCAAAAUUGAAUUUGGGGUUCAUCCGUAAUGCUUACGUGUACUAGAGCAGGUUGUUAGAUGACUGAUCACUUUUUGGAAGCUGAUGGUCAAAUUUCGCAUCCUGUCAAUAUUUGUAUAAUAAACAUAUAAAAGACUAGAUAUGUAAUUAUUCUUGCAAUAAUAUUACUUUUCUCUAAUAA